AUGGCCCCAGAACUUGCCCGAGCACCGUCUCAAGGCAGCGCGGUGUCCCAAACCACGCAGAUAGCUCCCCAUAGCCGCCCUGGGACAGCGGACCCUCUGCGAUCAAGGUCCGAAACAGCCUCAAGGGCUGGUCGCCGUCCUCGGUCUCGAGGUUCGACGGCUAGCAUUCAUUCUAGCACGACGCAGCAAACGCAGGAUCAACAUAUCGACGGAUUCCCUCAAUUCAUCGCGUCGCAAGUUCCCGGGUUCGGCAAUAACCCAGAAGACAUGAUCAUGCGAUUCGGUCAUCAGCUGUCUCAGCAGUCCACUGGCUCGCCCCUGGAUCAAUCCAUGCAGGACACUCAUUCCGUUAUGUCCCGGGCGGAGGAUUUUUCUCAGCAUGGGAUGCACGGACACGGACUCUCCCACCACUCGUUACCCGCAGAAGUUUCGAACGGGCUUCCCAUCUCUGUCCCGCAGUACCAGGCCAUGUAUGAUAGUGGCAUUGAGAACCAUCUUCCGGACCACGGUAUGGACGACCAAGACAUAUCGGAACCAGGUGGGAAAAAGAAAAGGGGAUCGAGCUCCACGCUGGCCAACGAUAACGAGUUGCGAAAAUUGCUCCGCCAGUAUGAGGGAUAUACAUUGAAGCAAAUGGCCACCGAGGUUAUGAAGCACGAGGGCGCUGGCGGGAAGGCUGAAAAAGUGAAGCAGGUAUUUGCCAUGAUCUGGCUGCGAGAGAACUGUCGGAAAAGUAGCGGCUCCGUGCGUCGAGAUCGAGUGUAUUGCUGCUAUGCCGAGAAGUGUGGAACGGAGCGUGUGUCGGUUUUGAACCCAGCGUCUUUCGGGAAGCUUGUGCGCAUCAUCUUCCCGAACGUGCAGACACGGCGCCUUGGUGUUCGUGGAGAAUCCAAGUAUCACUAUGUCGAUUUGUCCGUCAUUGAGGAAAAGCAACAAAAGCCGCCGCCUCUCAACCCUCAAGUUGCCCCCGCUCCCAGUAGCUCUGCUGUGCUCCCCGAAAAACCUGCCAGUGUGAUGCGCCCGAGGAGUGUCAGCAUCCCGCAGCCCACUCCGGACACAGCUGUUUUCCCGUCUCCCACAACAUCAUUCGCGCCCCGAUUGUCGGCUAACCCCCCCACUGCCAGCUGCAGCUGCCAGACCCAUCCUUCGGCUGGGCCAGAUGCCAUGAUCACCGGUGACAAUGUUGCCCAGCAGACAGGCAAGAUGAUCCAUCAGAUGCUGCAAUUCCCCACAGACGAAGCCCCUUCGGUGGAGAACGACGCUCUUCAACUUCCCGACAUCCGCGGCUAUCUGCCUGCCAAUACCGACCUGAAAGUUGCUGCAGCUCUUGCCGCCCUCUACCGAUCCCAUUGCAUUUCGGUCAUCGACAGCUUUCGAUACUGCAAAGAACGUAAUCUCUUGAAAUACUUCUCCGCCUUUCAUGGCACCCUCACUGUUCCAGUCCAAAAGCUACUCACCCAUCCCAACCUCGCACCAUGGAUCAAAGAGUGCGACUGGCUGAUGUACCAGAAGAUGAUCGCGUUUGUGGCCCCUCUCACAACUCAGGUGGUUCCCAGGGUGGUUAUGGACGCGUUCAGCUCCAUCUCGCAGCGACUGUGUGGCCACAUUGCCGAAACCUUCAAGGCCCAACCGACUCAUGUGUCAUUGGCACGACUGAUCCCCGCGCAUACUUUUUGUAACUUGCUCAAGCACAUGCUUGACGUCAAUCAGGCGGCGAAUGCGGCAGCUGCAUGGCUUUGCCAUCCCGAUAAUCGGAACCAAAUGUGGCUCGACUUUAAAACUCUCGUCGAGCCGAACGAGAUGAUCAUGAAAGCAAACAUUCCGAGCUGCGCCGAACGGGCCACUCAGCAGAUCCUUAAGCAUGAUGUUCGAGCGCUUCUGACUCCCCUGCGUGAUCCUAACCCUUCCACCUCCCUGCCCUUCUUCACCAAGCCCGACUUGGAUGACGGCCUUGAGGCCCGCAAAUUUCCCGUGGAGACUGCUCCAGGCGAAGAGUACAACUUCCCGGACAAGUGGGUUUCAUUUAUUUUGAACCUUCCCGCCACCUUCUCCAAUCAUCGCACGCAUUGUGUCAUCGAGAAGGUUGAUGCGCUGUGGGACAGCAUUUUGCACCGCCUUACUCUGGGCGGAGCCGCCAGCUUCAGUGCUUGGUGGAUGACCAAAGUGUUCUUUCAUGAGAUGAUGGUGUGGCAGGCGGAAAAAGGUGGUUUCAUGCGCAAUAGCCCCGGCUCGUUGCAAAACGCGACCUUUGGUGACCCCGAGCACACGGGCCUUGGCCAUUUCCUCCCAAAGCAAGCUUCUGCUGUCGACCAUGCAUCCUUGGAUGGGUCUAAUGACUCUCAACCUCAAUCGAAGGCCAGCUCCUCGGUCGAUCAACAUCGAGUGCAGGACCGAACUGCCAAUGACGGUUCAACCUCUAACUCCGCACCAAACGAGAAGCGGCUGUCCCUCGCCGACCCGGCCUUCCCGAACAAUGAUGACAGCGCCAUUGACCUGGAAGACGAUCCCAUGCUGAUAGCAGUGGGUAAAUACGGCGACAUGAUGGCUUCUGACCCUGCCGAUGCCGAGGGUGAUGUGAUCGUCAUUUGA